AUGACAGUAAUGGCAGCUGUAGAUGCAUGCUACGGCAGAGAAAGCCCAGGUUUUAUAGAAAUAUCUCGUUCUCAGUUUUUACUACUUAGAGCAGUCGUGUACCUUUUGGUGUUGAUAUUGUGGAGGUGGAGGGAUGUCAGCGUCAUAAUGCUUAACUGUUGUUGCUCUAUGUUUGUGUCAACAUAGGGCAAUAUCAAUUUAUCUCCAGAGUGUCCUUUCACUAUUCUAGUUUUUUGGUAUACCCCGUGGUGCAUUCACUUGGAUCGACCAAUAAGAACCAAGGACCAAUGAUAGGGAAGGCCCUCGGCUAAUCUACAUCGAAGUCUGAGGACAGCAAUUACUACACCAAAAACAUCACCAUUACCCGUAGCAUACACAUAUUAUUCACUCUCAACUCCGCCACCACCUACGAAAUUCAACCUUACAAACAACGGUCAUGCAUAAAUCAAAAUGGGCUCCCGACCCCAGUGAGGCCUCUGAACCCAAUCCCUACGCGCCAUCGUUCGCGCGAGAACAGCCAGCUACAACACCAACGCAAGCGUCACAGCAGGCGACCCCCGAGGCCCCGAAAGGUGACGUACAACCUGAACCGCAGCAGCCAGAAGUGCAAACAGAGCCGCUUCCAGUAGAAUCGGAAUAUGUACCGCAGCCGUAUGCAGAGUAUUCGUACCCCGAGGAUCCUUCUAUGGAUCCUUUCGCGCAGACCGCCAGCACGGAUGAUCUGUUCUUCGACGACGACUUCACCCCCGUUGCCGAGCCGGUCGUGGAACCGGAACCAAUUGAAGAACCUGCGCCUGAGCCUACCCCCGAAGAUACCACUUCGACGUUUGCAGGUGGUGAUAGCCAGGCACCUGCACAGGCUCCACAACACGCACCGCGGGGACCCCACGGAGGAGAACGCGGAGGUCGGGGUGCAGGUCGAGGACGUGGAGCACGAGGUCGUGGUCGAGGCCGAGGAGGGAACUUCAACCAGACCACCGACGCGCGCAUACCGCAAGACGGCGACAAUGCGCCCAACAAAUCUCAGCAAGACAAAAAGCAGCCGGGCAAAACCGAAGACGCAACGGCCGUCGAGUCUACCGACACUCCCACCGAAACCCCAGCAGAAAACAAUACCGAACCACUACCCCCCAACGCCCCCAAAACCGCCGACAAACCAACCCCCUCCGUCCGCGGCGACCGCACCUUAACAGGCGGCACCCCACGCACGCGCCUCACCGAAGCCGAGCUGACAGCCAAACUGGCCCUCAUGCAAUCCAAGAACAAAUCCCGUGAAGCCGCCCACGCGCGCGAGCAAGCCGACGCCGCAAACUUCGAAGCCAGCCAAGCGCGCGCUGCGAAACAAGACGUCGAGCGCCGAAAGCAGCAAGCCGAGCGCCAGAAAGUCGAACGCCAGAACCGCCAGCAGAUGAUGGGCGAGCGCGAGCGAAAUAGACUGAGGAAGCUGGAAGCAAAAGGCCGUCAGUGGGAUGAGGAGAAGGAGGAAGGCUUUAGUGGUACGGGCGAGGAGAAGAGGAGGGGUGCUGCUAGGGGUAUGCAUGGCGCUGUUGCGCCUACGCCUGCUAGAACCACCGGUGCCGGUGAAGGCGAGGAUGGAGAUGUUCCAUUCGACGACACCACGCCUCGCUCGAACAACGCUGGCCGUCGCGGUGGUCGUAACAACAACUAUAACCAUAAUUCCCGCGGCGGCGGCGGUGGAAGGAAUAACUCUUCCACCCCAUCUACCAAACCUGCCCACCAACACCCUCCCACCGCAGCAGACUUCCCCGACCUCCCCCCUUCCUCCUCUAAACCCGCCACCUCUUCUUCAGCUUCCAAAGAUCCCCCAUCCGCCCCAAAAAUCGACAUCCCGCUCAAGACAAAAACCGCGGAGCCCACCUCAACCAAGGACACCGAAUCUCCGCGCCCAGGUAUCCAGAAAACGGAGUCCUUUGGACUCACGCCGCUGUCGCCUAGUGCCAAGGGAAGAAGCUGGGCUGAUCAGGUUGAUGAGGGACAGGCGUCGGGGGAGGGACAAGUGCAUUAUCACUGGUAA